CGACGACUCCCCGGACGGCGUUUCUCCUCCGAGCGGCGCGGGUUUCGGCUUGGGGGGGGCGGGGGUACAGCCCAUCCAUGACCAUGGGCGACAAGAAGAGCCCGACCAGGCCGAAAAGACAAGCGAAACCUGCCGCCGAUGAGGGCUUUUGGGAUUGUAGCGUCUGCACCUUCCGAAACAGCGCCGAAGCCUUCAAAUGCAGCAUCUGCGACGUGAGGAAAGGCACCUCCACCAGGAAACCUCGAAUCAAUUCUCAGCUGGUGGCACAGCAAGUGGCACAACAGUAUGCCACCCCGCCGCCCCCUAAAAAGGAGAAGAAGGAGAAAGUGGAAAAGCCAGACAAAGAGAAACCUGAGAAAGACAAGGAAAUUAGUCCUAGUGUUACCAAGAAAAACACCAAUAAGAAAACAAAACCAAAGUCUGACAUUCUGAAAGACCCUCCUAGUGAAGCAAACAGUAUACAGUCGGCAAACGCGACAACAAAGACCAGUGAAACGAAUCACACCUCAAGGCCCCGGCUGAAAAACGUGGACAGGAGCACGGCGCAGCAGUUGGCAGUGACUGUGGGCAAUGUCACCGUCAUUAUCACAGACUUUAAGGAAAAGACUCGCUCCUCCUCGACAUCCUCAUCCACAGUGACCUCCAGUGCAGGGUCAGAACAGCAGAACCAGAGCAGCUCGGGCUCAGAGAGCACAGACAAGGGCUCCUCCCGUUCUUCCACGCCAAAGGGCGACAUGUCGGCAGUAAAUGAUGAAUCUUUCUGAAGUUGCACAUGGAGUUGUGAAAACUAUGAAUCAGGGUAUGAAAUUCAAAUCCUCCACCUGCCCAUGCUGCUUGCACCCCUGGAGAAUCUUCUGUGGACAUCGACCUCUUAGUGAUGCUGCCAGGAUAAUUUCUGCUUGCCAUGGGCAUCUGGCUACCAAGGAAUUUCGCACCCUGACGAUUACUCUUGACACUUUUAUGUAUUCCAUUGUUUUAUAUGAUUUUCCUAACAAUCAUUUAUAAUUGGAUGUGCUCCUGAAUCUACUUUUUAUAAAAAAAAAAAAAUCUGCUGUGCACAAUUUUCCAUGUACAUUACAACUGGUUUUUUGUUUUUGUUUUGUUGGAGGGAGGGUUGGGAGGGGGAGGGAACUUUUAUUUAUUGUGUUCACAAACUCCAUCCUUUCAGCAUAUCCUUUUAAGUUUAGUUCUUUCUUCAAGUUAUACUAUGUACUAUCAGUUUUGAUAUAACUAUAUAUAUAUAAAUAUAAAAUUAUAUCUAAAGGGUUAUUUGAAACCAAUCCAUGGCAGCGCUGGUGCUUGAUACACUGUGAAGUGAAUACAGCAUUGAACAGUCACAGAAAGUGCUGAAAUUAAAUUAAAGUCAGUCUUACAUGAAGUGUGUUCCAACCCAUGUGGGAACUGGACUCUCAUCUGUCUAAAGAGUACUGGACGAUAUAAAAAUAUAUAUUUUUUCAAACAAUGUGAUCUCAAAUUUAAAGACUGCUCCAGAUAGCCUGCAUUUGCGAUGGAAUAACUGACAAAUCACAAGUGGUUUAGUUGGGGAGGGCUUUGAUCACUCAAAAGUAACUAAACUAGCUCCAGAAUGCCAAGUAUUCGUGUACAUUACGGUUACAUGUUAACAUUGCUGUCUUACAUUAGCACUCAUGAAAAUAUGGUAUUCUGUAACUCGAAUUCCAUCCGUUUUCCAGACCUCUACUCAUGUCUGAAGGUAAACCUAGAAAUUGUCUCUUAGUUUAGGAUUGAAAGCGUCUGAGCUGUGUUUUUGGCCCAUAGGAAGCAGCCCCUUGUUCCCACGCUGCACAUGACAUUGCAGUGGCAGUUGCUCUGAUUGAAAUGUGUGUGCCUCCAUGUCCCCUCACUUUUCAAACUUCCACCUUCCCCAGUUCUGUUGUGAGAAUGCUUUGUCUGUCUUUCUUGAAGCCUACUGUGGUUGGUUUUAUGGAGCAAAGGUUAUCUACCGCACAUCCGGUCCUGACGUGGAGCUUUGCAGUGUUCAGAGACAUUUCUCAAUUCCCUGCUGUGGGAAGAACUCAAGUAGCGAAUGGCUUGAGCUGUGGCUGCCAGAGGUGCCGGGAGAGCUCACACUGAACUGUGAGCGCCUGUGAUCUUUUUCUUCCUCGACGUAAAGAUAGCUAGAGCAAAAUUUUCAAGGUUUUCACUUUUUUUUUUUCUUUACUGUCUUGCAAAAAUCAAAGACCACUAGGAUGAUUCCACUUCUCCUCAUUCAAACAACAAAUUCUUUCGCUUCGCUUCUGUUUGAUUGGAGUCUCUCUGACUUGCAUUCAUACCGACGGAGUUUGUAGUACUUCCGAGUCAUUGCAAGCAUGAGGACUGAUGUCACCUUCCUUUAUUUGGUCAUACCUUUAAGGGCUCACGGGAGGGCAGGUAAUGUAAUGAAGCACCAGGUUUUGGUGUGAAAAGCCUGGUUUGCUAUUAAUCAGAAUUAAUUUCUGUCUGGAGGCAACAAGUUAAAAAAAAUUAACAGCUUGAAUUGAGUAGCCAACAGGAAAGGUUCCUUUCACAUUUACAUUAAAACUAUUGUGCAGUCACUGAUGUUCCAUAUUUUAGAUUCUGUUCUGGAAGGUCUAGGUAACGAAGCAGUGCCAUUUGUUGCUGUGAUCCUACUCUCAGAUGCAUGGACAAUGUUCCCUUCUUUUUAAAAGUAACGCUUGUGUCUGGGAUGCAAGCUAUGCUUAUCUUUUUAAAUACAUUUUUAAAGUAUUUAUUAAUGAACCAAAGGAAAUUAGAUGCUUCCCGUAAGCAUCAGAAUAUAUAAUACAUAGUGAUUUGACUAUGAAUUUUAAAUCCACAUUUUAAUAUUAGUGGGAUAUUGCAAAGACAUUCCUUCUAAAAUUUUAAUAGUCCUUUUAUUAAGGGUCUCAGGGAGGGUAAAUUAGUCAGCCAUAUUUAUUUUCCAGAGGUGUAAGGGAUUGCUAAGUUUUUUAAUUAACUUUUUAAAAGAAAAAAACUUAAAUACCACCAAACUCAUAUGUGGGUUGCACUGCUUUUUGAACCAAUUAAGUGUUGGUAUGCACUUUGUUCAGAAAUACUGUGUACUUUUUCAAAAUUAGUUUCAUGUAAAGUGAUUGGACCCCCUAGAUUAGUGGAAAAAGCUGAUUAACCAGCUACUCAUAGGCUGCUAAUUAAUUCAUUGCCAAUGUCUUGGUUCUUCAGUUUUGCCUCCGUGAUAAAUUAAAGAAUGGGGCGGGGUGAAGGGAGAGGAGUAGCUCUAGAACAAGUGGUAGGAGCGGCAGCCGGUGGUCGGUGUCAGAAGCACUCGGUGGGGAGUGUGGAGUACCCCUCUGCUGCUGCUGUGCGUCCUGUUGGCAUCGCGAGGGGUAGGGACCUCGGACUUGGGAUUCCUGAGAUUGAUGACAUCCCUCAGGCGUGCAUUCUGGAAAUGGAAUUCCUGUAGACUUCCCGCAUUUGCUGUUUGCCCUACAAUUAGUAGGCAGUGCGUAAAAACACUAGUGUAGAUGAUGAGGAGAUACAUUAAAAGAGGACCAGAAAUACUUGGUAUUCAGUGGCACAGAAAGCAGGUUACAAAACA